AUGAAACACAUAGAAAGCCGGGGGUCUUCUGCUCCGAAAGUGAAGGUUCCGCUGAAGGAAGAAUCCACGUCUUACCGGGUGCACAUUGCGCUGGGUCUAUUUCUCGUGAUAAUGUUCCUGUCUUUCCCGACGCUUUGUGGUGCUCAUGGGCAGCACGGCCACGACCAUGAUCAUCUCCAUGAGCAUGAUCAUCAUCAUCACGAAAGUCCCAGUUUUAAGUACUCCCAACAAGCGAACGAAAUAUACGAAGAGGAACCGGUAGCAGUUCCACAUCACCAUCAUCACCAUCAUCAUGGUGGAGAUGAGGACCACGAUCAUCAUCACCAUCACCAUCAUGAUGGCGGUCAUCAUCAUCAUCAUCAUCAUCAUCAUCAGGAAAAGCCAACCAGCGAUAGUAAAGCUCCUAGAGAUACCUUCUACAUCUGGGUGCAUUCACUCGGCUCAACGUUGCUGAUUAGUGCCGCACCGUUUUUCAUUCUGUUUGCCAUACCGCUCGAUAAUACGGAAGAGAUGCAGCCACGGUUGAAAACGUUGCUUGCUUUCGCUUCGGGCGGAUUGCUGGGGGAUGCCUUCUUGCACCUGAUUCCUCAUGCCAUUCAGCCCCAUUCCCACGCGGAUGGUCACACGCACGGUCACAGCCAUGGGCAUUCUCAUAAUCAUGGAGAGGAAGGCGAUCACGAAAGUCACGGGCAUGAUAUGCGUGUCGGGCUGUGGGUUUUGGCCGGCAUUAUAGUGUUCUUGGCAGUGGAAAAGUUCGUCCGUCUGGUUAAGAAAGAUACCGGCCACGGACAUGGCCAUGGUCAUAGUCACGGUGGUGCGCAACCGGCAGCACCAGCACCAAGUAAAACCACUUCCAAGAGCUCACCGCCACCUUCACCAUCCGACAACAAGAAGGACAAGAAGGAGAAGAAACAAACGGAAGGAACGAAAUCGAAAAAGGAGGAAGCGAAGGCAAAGGGCAAAGCUGUUCGUAAAGAACCGAAAAAGGAAGCGGACAUUAAGAUCGCCGGGUAUCUUAAUCUGGCGGCUGAUUUCACGCACAAUUUCACCGACGGUCUGGCGAUUGGUGCGUCCUAUCUGGCGGGUAACAGUAUCGGUUUGAUCACGACGAUUACUAUUCUGCUGCAUGAAGUGCCGCACGAAAUCGGUGAUUUUGCGAUCCUCAUCAAAUCGGGUUGCUCCAAGAAGAAAGCCAUGCUGUUGCAGCUAACGACGGCCGUGGGUGCGCUGGCCGGUACCAUUCUGGCCCUGCUGGGCAGUGGGAGUGAUGCGGCCGAAUCGUGGGUGCUACCGUUUACGGCCGGUGGCUUUAUUUACAUUGCCACCGUGUCGGUGAUACCGGAGCUGCUGGAAGAGUCCACUAAGCUGUGGCAAUCGCUGAAGGAAAUUACGGCCAUGCUGGCCGGUGUCGGCAUGAUGGGAUCAUGUCUGAAGGUAAUAGAACACACGAUAGAACAAAGAUGA